AUGCGUCAGCGAAGGUCGUUAUGGGGGAGAAACUGCUGUAUGAUGAUGAUGAGUGUGAGAUUCACAGUUGACCAACCGGUUACAUUACGGUAGUAAUCAACAUACCGGCCGGUUGUAUUACAGAGGAUAUCACUUAUUCAUUUCAUCUCAAGAUUCAGACCAGCUGGGAUCGAAACAUAAAGGCAGUUAUAAAACUGGUAUUUCCUGGGUAAACCGGGCACAUUAGAUAAGAAAGAAGAGUCUAGAAUCAGUAGGGUCACUGUCCGCACCAGCACUGGUCCCCAAACGGACCGGACCUCUGGAUCACUGGAUCACUGUAAACGCGUCGACAUGAGGAGUCUGCCGUAUUUCUGUCGGGGACAGGUUGUCCGCGGAUUCGGACGGGGAAGCAAAGACUUGGGCAUCCCAACAGCAAACUUUCCAGAGUCGGUUGUGGACAAUCUCCCGGCUGACAUCAGCACAGGAAUCUACUACGGAUGGGCACGCGUAGAUAACGGAGACAUUCACAAGAUGGUGAUGAGCAUCGGCUGGAACCCUUACUACAAAAACACAAAGAAGUCCAUGGAAACACAUGUGAUCCACAAGUUUAAGGAAGAUUUCUACGGUAAAAUAUUGAGUGUGGCCAUGGUUGGCUACAUUCGCCCUGAGAGAGGAUUCAAAUCACUUGAUGAGUUGAUAGCAGCGAUUCAUAGUGACAUUGAAGAGGCAAAGACAAAGCUGGACCUGCCAGAGCACUUGAAACUGAAAGAACAUCAUUUCUUCAAGACGUCAACAGCCAAUCAGAUCUUGAACGGUCAUCGUCUGUAACAUUCACUUUCACCUCUAUUUAAAGCCUGUUUAUUACAUAUGCAGUUUGUUGUUGUUUUUUUAUGUUAAAAAGAUUUCUGUCCCCACGUGGUGCUUCGGUCAAGUGCAGGCACUACAUGUAUUUAUGUAUCAUCUCGUAGCCCUUGUGUUUCUGUAUUUAUCGCAAAAAGGAGGAUUCAGGUUACUCACUGGUGAAUGGUCACAGGGUAAACAUUACCACAGAUGAUACUAUGUGAAAGUCAGGGAGUGUCAAAAUCUCUUCUUUCUGAUGAAUUUCCUAUUUAAAUGGAUAGUUCUUCAUCUACCUUCAUGUUAAUGUAAUAUUUAAGGACGACUCUCGUUACAUAAAACACUUUAACCAUAGUCAGAAUUAGCGUUCCUCCUCUUUGAGAUAAAACAAAUGCUUUUUAUGGUUCUCGGAGAACCGUGCACAGAGGUGGAAGUCCAAGGUUGAGAUAAAAAGAGUAAAAUCCCAGGUUGUUUAUAAUAUGAGUGUAAAACUGGGCAGAAGGAGAAAAAAACAGUGACUGAAGACAAAAUGAAUUAAUCUAAAUGGUAUUUUAGAUAUUUAAGUGUGUACAGACGCUCUGUAUAGCAAACACUUGCUACUGUGUACAUAUGCAUCGCUAAACCUUAACCUAAAUACUAUUUUUCCCCUUUCUUUUACUGUGGUUAUACAUUUAGAAGAGUUUUACAUUUGUAAAGGCACUCAAGAGUCAUGUAGGUUUACAAAUGUCCUUCUGACUUACUUGUUUCUCCAUGUUGUGUUCCUGUUGAACUGAUGCUUGAAAACACGGGCUGUGUAGCGUCAGACUGCAGCAGUCCUCUGUACGGGCACGGUCACGGUCUAAGUGGAAUUUCACGGGCAAAAAUAAAACAUGUUGAUUCGUUAUCGGUAGCGAUGUAUGAAGCUAACACAGAAAUCGGUUUUAAACCAAAUUUUAGCCACAUUCUGUUGGUCAAAGCGGCGAAUUCUGUGUGUGGGAAAACGUUCGCUCUCACGCGAAUUUCCUGAUCACGUGAAAUUCGAUUUUGCCCGCGAAAGUUCGCUGAAGAACGGUAAACGUGACCGCACCUUAAUGUAGGAAUAGAAAUGCGAUACUCUUUAAAACCUGUUAAUGCUGUUAUGUUCACAAUCUGUAAAUGUUCAGACACUCACUCAUGUGGGCCUUUAUUUGUUGAACCGCUACUUCUGUAUGUUUGGUACUGUGUGCUUACGUUUUCUGUUUAGUUCUAUUCCGCCAUUUUUUCUUUCUUUUUGUAGGUCAGGGCAGUGCCUUAAAUAUGUGAAAUGAAGCAUAUUAAUAUACAGUGCACAACCAAGCAUUCCUUAAAUGUUGACACCUGCUUGUAAGCAUUAAACAAAAAUGCCUUA